UCCUGUCGGCCCGCAAUGCAUUAUGGGAUUUGGUGAGAAGGCUCCAUCGGCUGUGUCCCUCAAAUCCAGGAAAAAGGACGCAUUUGUCGGCAGCUUCGGAGGAGACAGCUCCGGCGCGGUGCUGCAACAUAACCGACCGACGAUUUGGGCCCUCGGAGGACCCAAGCCUCUGAAUCUGGACACAUUUGGUUCGAAAUAUACGAACUUAUUUAAUUCGCACCGCUUAAAAACAUGUUUAACGAUGCCUCGGCCGGAAGUGAGACGCGGACGCUCGCUCGAGGCGAACCAGAAACAGGUCUGGCUCAGGAGGAAGAGGUUCAGUCUGUGCUCGGGGCGRCCUCCUCCCAGUUCCUGCAGGCUGAACUGGAACUGAACGCCCAUCUCCGCCAGCUCUCCUUCGCCGAACCGGUCCGCUACGUUUACAACCCGCUGGAGUACGCCUGGGACACCCACCGCUGCUACGUGGAGACGUACUGUCAGCCCGGACAAAGCGUCCUGUUUCUGGGGAUGAAUCCCGGACCUUUCGGCAUGGCGCAGACCGGGGUCCCGUUUGGUGAGGUCCGGUCUGUCGUUGACUGGCUGAGGAUCUCGGGUGAGGUGGGCCGUCCUGACAACGAGCACCCAAAGCGACGGAUCUCAGGUCUGAGGUGCACUCAGAGUGAAGUGAGCGGUGCCAGGUUUUGGGGCUUCUUCAGAAGGCUGUGCGGAGAACCGGCCCGCUUCUUCCAGCACUGCUUUGUGCACAAUCUGUGCCCGCUGGUUUUCAUGAGCGCCAGCGGCAAGAACCUGACCCCCCCGGAGCUGGCCCCGGCCGAGCGGGAGGCCCUGCUCUCCCUGUGUGACUCGGCGCUGUGCAGGGCGGUGCGGGCGCUGCGCGUCUCCAUGGUGAUCGGCGUGGGAAGGGUGGCGGAGCAGCGGGCGCGCCGGGCGCUGUCUGCAGCGGGCCUGGGCGUGCGAGUCGAGGGCAUUAUGCAUCCGUCGCCCAGGAACCCACUGGCCAAUAAGGGCUGGGAGGACGUGGCCAGAGCUAAGCUGGCAGAACUGGGAGUUCUGUCGCUGCUGAGCGGCAGCUAACCACCUCUGACACGGAUCAGAACCAGAACUGAUGGGAUCAUUGAUCAGAACCAGAACUGACGGGAUCAUUGAUCAGAACCAGAACUGACGGGAUCAUUGAUCAGAACCAGACCUGAUGGGAUCAUUGAUCAGAACCAGAACUGAUGUGAUCAUUGAUCAGAACCAGACCUGAUGGGAUCAUUGAUCAGAACCAGAACUGAUGUGAUCAUUGAUCAGAACCAGAACUGAUGGGAUCAUUGAUCAGAACCAGACCUGAUGGGAUCAUUGAUCUGGAGGUGAGGAGUUCCAGUCAGAGACAGACUGAAACAUCUGUUAACAGACUGCGUGACAAAUACAGCAACACACACACACACACACACACACACACA